AUGUGAGGUAAGGAGAUGCAAUUAUUGAGAUAUGUAACUGUAUUUUGAAGUGUUAAACUGCAGUGGCUACAGAUUCGUAUACUGAAUAUUGGCGAAUUCCCUAAUAAAUGAAUGAUUGAGAGCACUUCACGCUGAAGUUUUCCUUCUUUCAAGAAAUACGCCCAGGAAUCGCAAGCAAAGCGUAUUUUUGCCUGUGGAUUCGGCUUGCCCACUUCAGAGUAUUCAGACUCCCAUAUACAACACACAAACGAGAGUCCAUAAUGGACCAAAAAGAAGAGGCACAACAGCAUAAAGAGAAAGGAAAUGAUUGUGUGAAGGAAAAGAAAUACAUUGAAGCAGUAUUGCAUUACACAAAUGCAAUAAAGUUGGAUCCAUCUGACCACACCUUUUACAGUAAUAGAUCUUUAGCUUUUCUCAAACAACAACAGUAUCCCCUAGCAAUGGAGGAUGCGAGACAGGCUAUAAAACUGAAACCUGAUUGGCCCAAAGGUUACUUCCGUAAAGGUGAAAUUGAACUUGCCACAGGACACUAUACAGAAGCACUAUUGUCUUAUGGGUGUGCUUUAAGACUACAACCCCAUGAUAAAAGCAUUUUGGAUGCUAUCAGUAAAACAACAGAAAUGAGACAGAAAGAGAGGCAAGCUGACUUUCAGAUACCUUGGCUGGGAGCUGGAAUUGGUAUCAUUAUUGGUGUCGGAUUGGUCAUCGCAGAUUAUUUACUAACUGAUAAACCCUCAAUUAAACACCCAAUCUUGAUGGCUCUACUUACAAUUGCUGUGGCUAUGAUAGGCUAUGUUAUUGGAUGGGCAUACCGUUACCUAACGAAAUGCAGCCAGACUUCACUACUGGAACCACCUCCAGAUCUGUUCAGAGAUGGUGCAAAUCAAGAUAAUGAACAAGAAUCCCAGGAAAAUGGAAAGUCAGAACGGAGUCAUCGGUAUACGAAAGCUCAAGCUCGCCAACGAUUUAAGAAAGGAAGAAGUUGAAAAUUUACUGGAAUUACUUAUAAGUAAGUUCUAUGGAGUGAAGGAGACAAGUUAUCAACAAAUGGUGGGGCAUGGUAUGUCGAUUUAUCCUAGCUGAGGUGCUACUAAAAUUCAUAACAACUCAGGCAAAGUGUUCAUUUGGAUGUUGUUUGUGGUGUUAGAUUGAGCCUUGUGUAAUGCAAGGAGGAUAUUUAUUGAGAAGUAUUUAGUUAUUAAUAAAUUACAGUUCCUUUUUAUCCUGUAUAACUGUUUUUGUUUACUAGUUUGACUCAAUGAAAUAGACAUUUUCAUUGUCUUCAUGUAUUACAAAAUCUGUAAACUUAAGUGACAUCACUGUAUUGUGAUUGUUUCAGUCGUUAUUUUGAGUACUUCAUUUUAACACAAGUAAUGAAGUAUUUAAAAGGUAAUCAGGGGCUCAGAGUCAUUGGUACUUCACCCACAUGUAUAUGGAAAUGAGAAAUUUGCUCCAGAGUUUGUCUCACAGAAAAAUUCACACUAGAUAAUAAUCUAGUGUUAUUUUUAUAGUGAAUGUAAAAGUAUCAUAAAUACUUAAGCAAUUAAAAAUGGACAUAGUGACAGUAUUUUAAAUAGUUUUCCAUAAGGCUAGGCAUGUCUUACCUUGAAAAACUGUUUGAAACACAUUCGUUUUGCAGUUGGUUAGUCACAACGAAUGCUACGAGAAACAGGAACUACUUAUCUGGAUGUAUCAUCAUGAUAACCAUAGACACCAGUAACAGUGUUAUGUUCAACCUUAAGGUUUUUAUUAAAAUCAUGGUGCACUGGAGGUACAUUCUGCAAGAGAUCAAGAAUAUUCUUAUUUUAUUUUGUGGUAUCUUUGUCUUCUUUGUAAAGCAGUGAUACAGAUCCCAGUUAAUUGCUUGGGGGCCAUCCUCUACCAGAGUUUGAAAAUUAUGUUUCAGAAAAAGGCUCAUCAGGCUAUUGUUUUAGAGCUGCAGCCAUCAGAUAUCAAGGCAGUUCACUUUUUACUUUUUAUCCGUUUAUAGAUGUCUUGCAGUUUGAUAAAUGAUUCCAUAACAAAGGAUGAGAGACAGUCCUCUUUCGUCAUUUUGUUAAUCCCGAAAUGUGGUAUUUUCUUUGUUGGUUCUAUCAGAUACCUGAUAGAGAUGAAGUAUUUUUUUUAUUUUAUUUUAUUUUUUUUCUUUUGUCACCCCAAAAUCUCCAUCAGAGUGAAAACUUAAGACCUGGAAUGAAGAAUUUGUGAUUGGUCACCUCCCAAUUAUUAGCUCUGUGUAGGGUAAAUAACUGAGAAAAGCAUCUUUUAUACUCCUGCUUUGGAAGCGUGUGUCCCUCACUCGAAACCUAAUCAUGAACCCAAGGUAUAGCUCAGAAUUGACAGCAGUACUAAUCUAUGCUUGUUGAUAGCAAGUAAUACAUAGUUUACAAGAAGUCAAACAGAAAUACAAACAAUGAGAAAAUACAGGAUGCAAUAACAAGUGCUAUGUAAAGGAUAUAUUGCUGUUCACCGUAAAUGGAGAUACUGAGUCACAGAUAAGCACAAUAAAAAGAGUGUCAGACUGUGUGUGUGUGUGUGUGUGUGUGUGUGUGUGUGUGUGUGUGUGUGUGUGUGUGUGUGUGCGCGUGCGUGCUUGAAUGUGUAUGUUGUCUAAUUCUGAUGAAGGCCUUUUUGGCUAGAAGCUUAAUUAGUUGUUGGUCAUUUUGUUGUGCCUAUCUGCGACUCAGCAUCUUCACUAUAUUGUGAGUAGCAAUCAGUCGUUUUCAUAAUAUUGUUAUUAAACACAAAUACAAUACAUGACAAGUACCUUUACUUGUUUUUGCUCCCUGGACGUUUUGCUUUCUUCACUGCUUCUGUUUGCUGCAAGUGGAUAUCGUGUUUCUCUUUCAUCUCUUAUUUUUUGUAGUGUCUAACAGAGUUCUGUUGCGAAUGCAGUCUUUCACAGCACUUACAAGGGUCUUUCAGUGGGUUAGGGAAGAUGCAUACUGAACUGAGUAUUUAAUAUGUGCCAAAAUAAAUACAGGGAUACAAAAUUAGUUUUCGUGGAUUCGCACUCAGCUCUUUAAUGAUAGUAAAAAAUGGGUAUAUUCAGUUGUGGCACAAGGCACUUCAGACUUCUGUAUGACAAUACUGUGACUUAUAUACAGGAAAUUUCUUUAUGAAAUUGCAAACAGUAUCUGUUUGUUCAAGUCUUGUCUUACUGUGAAGUAUAUAUUUACCUUCUUUUUCAACAGGAUGAACACCUUUUAAAACUUCUUUGUUUCACUGCUGUGUAAGAACUUACUAUACCCAAUGUUAUCAGCCCUCUUUCCAUCUUGCCCAUAAGUAAAUCCUUUCCAGAGACUGACUAAAUGGAUUUCCAUUAGAGUAGCUUCUGGACAUCUCUGAUAACACCUUAUUAAGUCAUUUUUGAUUGCCCAAUUCAUUUUGCAAUAGCUAGAAAGUAUUGGUUGUAAAUUUUUUUGUGGCAUCUUGCCAUUACAGUUUUCGAGAUGUCUACAGGAGUCUCCUGAACACCACUUAUCUGGAACAAGUUUACCUGUUGUCAGUGUGCACACCUCAUCCUCUGUCAUUUCAGUAUACUCAGAUACUUCCUCCGAUUGAGUAAAUUCACUAGUUUGCAUCCUUUUUUAUUUUGCGAAUGAAUCAAUUGUUGUUGAAUUCCUCUCCUCUGAUGGUUCAUUCCCUGUCUGUGUGAAUCAUCAAUAUUGAUGCCACUCGAGUUCAUAUCUGCAUCUGAAAAUAUGAAAUGUAACAUGAAAAUGACCCAAAGUAAAGCACAAAACAUACCUAAAUACUGUACUGAUUCAUUUAGCUACUCAGUGCUGCAUGUAAGUGCAGUUGUCAAUUGUGAAACUUCUGCGGUCUUUUUGCAGAGUUCAGAUUGAGAUGUCUAUGGUAUUGCCAUACCUCUGAUGGAACAUCCCACUAGCAUCAGCAUUCUCUUACAUAACUCGAGAACUGUUUUAUGAUGGCUGUACCUCAACAUUCCCUAUACUUAGUUAGGCAUUUCUUGCACUGGUUUAGGUACUUCAGGCUCUUGAGUCACUCAGUUGUCAAGUUUAAAACUGUGCUAUGAUGUUGUAUUUGCACUUGUGGUGCUGUGAUAUUUGUGUGUGGUAGAAGUGUGAUAGGAAUGCAGUAAAUCUGAGCUUUUUGAUGUCACUGAAUAAAAUGUACUUGUAUUAAUUUUUCAUAGGUCAUAUAUUGAAUAAAAUUGUAAACAUACAUUCCAAAUUACCCUUCUAACUACAAUUUAUGAUAGAUAUGUACAUAAAAGAAUUGCUCUGUAUGAACAAUCACACCUUUUGCCUUUCACUGAAUCAGAUCUACAUUGUGUUUAUUUUGGAAAACAUAUUUCAUGAAAGUUAUUAAUUGGAUAAUAAUCAUAUUUUGUGAUGUAUAUUUGCAUAGCUUAUUGAGAAAUGUAAAAGAGAAAUAAAACAGAAUACUCUGUGAA